CCACUUCUCUCACUGCACUCAUGUUAAAUUCUAAAACUUGAGCAUUUACCGCUAAAUUCCCUGCUGGAAGCACAGGUGUGAGACAUACGAGAGCAAGUGCAAUGAAAGGCGACGCUGCCAAAGUGGGCCUCCAGAAUGGCAGCACCAGCCAGGCUCUGGACCCGCUGCCUGCCUCAGAGGAGAAGAUGGAGGAGAGGGGCCAAUGGAGCAACAAGGUGGAGUUCAUCCUGUCCGUUGCCGGCUCCAUCAUCGGCCUGGGCAACAUGUGGCGCUUCCCCUACCUGUGCUACAAGAACGGAGGAGGUGCCUUCCUCAUCCCAUAUCUCAUCUUCCUGUUUGCCUGCGGCGUCCCUGUCUUCUUCCUGGAGACGGCGUUGGGACAGUACACCAGCGAGGGAGGGAUAACAUGCUGGAGAAAGAUCAGCCCCUUGUUUGAAGGUCUUGGCUACGGCACACAAGUGAUCGUGACCUUGCUGAACUUCUACUACAUUGUGGUCCUGGCUUGGGGGAUGUUCUAUCUCUCCUUCUCCUUCUCCUGGGAUCUACCUUGGUCUUCCUGCAACAACUCAUGGAACACAGAAAACUGUGUGGAGUUUCAGCGGAGAAACACCUCCAUCAACCAAACAAUCUUCUCCAAUGCCACCUCUCCCGUCAUGGAGUUCUGGGAGAGACGAGCGCUGAGGAUCUCGCCGGGCAUUGACCAUAUGGGCUCGCUCAACUGGGAUCUGGUUCUCUGUCUGUUCAUUGCAUGGGUCAUGUGCUACUUCUGCAUCUGGAAGGGGGUGAAGUCCACAGGAAAGGUUGUCUAUUUCACUGCAACCUUCCCAUAUUUGAUGCUUAUUGUGCUGCUGGUGCGAGGGCUCACUCUGCCUGGUGCCGGGAUCGGCAUCCAGUUUUACCUCUAUCCUGAUUUGGGACGCCUGGCAGACCCACAGGUAUGGAUGGAUGCCGGGACCCAGAUCUUCUUCUCCUAUGCUAUUUGCUUAGGGUCGCUAACUGCGCUGGGCAGCUACAACAGAUACAACAACAACUGCUACAGAGAUUGCCUGGCGCUUUGCUUUCUGAACAGCGGCACCAGCUUUGUGGCCGGGUUUGCCAUCUUCUCCAUUCUGGGUUUCAUGUCUUAUGAGCAGAAUGUUCCCAUCUCAGAGGUGGCAGAGUCCGGUCCUGGUCUAGCCUUCAUUGCUUAUCCUCGCGCCGUGACCAUGAUGCCCUUCUCUCCUCUGUGGGCCGCCCUAUUCUUCAUCAUGAUUGUUUUCUUAGGGCUGGACAGUCAGUUUGUGUGUGUGGAGAGCCUCGUGACCGCCAUCGUCGACAUGUACCCUGCCGUGUUCCGUCGUAAAAACCGCAGGGAGCUCUUCCUCCUGGGUGUGGUCUUCAUCUCCUUCCUAGUGGGCCUCGUCAUGCUCAUGGAGGGUGGCAUGUACGUCUUCCAGCUGUUUGAUUACUAUGCCGCCAGUGGCAUGUGUCUCCUCUUCAUGGGCCUCUUUGAGACCGUCUGCAUCGCUUGGGUCUACGGUAAGCCGGCCUUUAAACAGGAAGUGCUUUUGGAUUGUGUAUUAGUUGUUGCAAAAAAAUGUCCUGAUUGUGGUUCUCCAGGUGUGGAUCGCUUUUAUGACAACAUCGAAGACAUGAUCGGCUACCGUCCCGGGCCUUAUAUUAAAUACUGCUGGUUGUUCUUCACCCCAGCAACAUGCAUUGGUACAUUUGCAUUCUCCCUCAUUAAAUACACUCCCCUAAAAUACAACAAUGAGUAUGUGUACCCAUGGUGGGGCUACGUGAUUGGCUGGCUGCUGGCUCUCUCCUCCAUGGUAUGCAUCCCUCUUUGGAUGGCGUACAAGAUCAGCACCACCCAGGGAACAUUCAGAGAGCGCAUCCGGCUGCUUAUCACACCAUCAGAGGAUUUGCCCAAAACAAAGAGGGAGCAGGAGAGGUUGCUGGCCAUUUUCGCUCCAGAGGAAGACACCAGCAGGAAUAAAAUUGGCUACCAUCCUGUUUUGGAGCAAGACUCCAACUUAUGAGGUCGCAGAAUUCCUAUAUGCACCUCUUGGAUGGAUUUAAUAUGACCCAGAAGCCAUAUUUGUAUCAUAUUAUUGUGCUACCAUGAGUGAUUUUUGUAUUUACGCAAUAAAAUGUAUUUUUAUUUGAAGGUGAACUAUAUGAUGAAACUAUGCAAUAUUACUGCUCUAGUUCUAGAACUACUAAUGUGUCAGUCUAGUUUCUUAUUUUUACUGUAACAAAUUGUCUAU